CCAUCUGCAACCAUGCCACCGGUACCGAAAACGGGAAUGAAAACUGAAAAAUGAGGGGAAUGAAAACUGAAUAAUGAGGGGACUCGCAUCAACUCGCGCUGCGCAGUAAACAAACGACAGUCGCCAACUUCCUUCCGAAGACUCGCUUACCACAUACAAGAACAAACAAUGCGGCAUGGGAAAGAGAUGAAACAAUUGAAAUAGAGAACGAGGUUGGACCCAUCAUCAUUCAAGAGAGAGGACACAGCCCGGAUCCAGGCGUUAGGUGCCUUUGCGACGGUACCACAGCUUGCGGUCCUCCAGUCCGAAUCUUGGUUCCUGAGGAGGAGGAGGCGACAACACACCAAGCCAAACCAAACUGCAGGAGCAUUGGGUUGAGUCUGGCAGAAAAAGACGGACAGUGCUGGAGGGGGUUGUUUUGUGUCCUGUCUGGAAGAGAUCUAUCGGUCGCCCUCGAUAGCUCAGUAGUAGACAAUGCGGGAUAUUUCAUUGGCACUAUCAUCGUCCUCUUCUUCCUCCCAGCAAAACGGCAACAUUAAUCCUGUUUAUGACGACAAACAGCGGCGGCCUCCUUUUUUCCAAGAGCAGCAACAGCAGCAACAACAGCAACAGCAGCAGCAACAACAAGGAGGAGGCCAACCGACACUCAUCAACGAAAUCAGUACAUUACGAUCGAGACUACGAGAACUAGACAACUCCACAGAUGCCAUGAACCGUCCACGUUCACUUUUGGGCUUUGCCGAACGGGAUCCUCCUCAGGGAGAAUCCGCUCUGGUAGACCAACUCCGCAAUCAACUCUCCAAAAUGGAACAGGAAAAGGCUGAAAUGGAACUCACGCUCAUGAAUCAAAUGUCGAAUUUAGCCUACGAGAACCAAACUACUAUUGAUGGACUACACUCCAGAUUGACACAGAGUGAAAAGCUGAUUGAAUCACUGCAACAACAGCAGCAACAACAAUGGACUCCCAACAACCCAUCUUCCACCAAUACACCUCUGGAACUCAUUCGGCUGCGAAAAUCACUCAAUGAGGAACGAGGCAUGCGUAAAGCGCUAGAAGAAGAGCGGGAUGUUCGACAGGAUCAGCGGGAAUCUUUUGAGCAUGAAAAUACAACCCUCAAGCAAGACAUUGAAGACAUGAGGAAUCACAUGGAUCAACUGCAAUCUAGCAAUGAACAACUCAGUCAACAGGUCCAUGCUUUGGAGGCAGAAAAGGAGGAUGCCGCAAGAAAGAUUGAUUUCUUGCAAGCGCAAUCGACAAUGCUGGAUGGUGACAAACAGUCCUUGAUUGCCGAGAUGGAAAUCCGACACAAGACCAAUCUGUCAGAAGUGGAGAGACGACACCAAGCACAAACGUCGGAAUUGAAACAAUCCUAUCAGAAACGCUGCAACCAGCUUGAAAAGCAAAUUGCUCAGGGCUUUGACAAGAAACAGUCGGGACUUGGACAGCUGCACAACCAGGUUGGCACUUUGGAGAUGGAAAAGGAACGACUCGAACAUCGUGUAUCAAAGCUCGAGGCAGAGUUGCAGCAGGAACAUGCCAUAAAUCAGGCACUGGAGCAAUCUCUCAACGAACAGACUCAAAACAAUGACAAGCUGUGGACAUCUCUAGACGAAAGCCAGAAGCGAUGCAAUAUGCUGGAACAGGAACUCGCGUUGCACUUUGAAGAAGGCCAAGACAGAGGCGAUUUGAGAAGCGAAAACGAAAUGUUGUCGAAUCAAAUUGCUGCCAUUCACGAACAAUGCGUGGGCGAGCAAGAGAAAUGUUCCAAGCUAAAGGCUACUCUAGACCAGGAACGAAGCACCAACUCAAAGCUCAGAUUGUCUCUACGACAGCACCAACAGCGAUACGAAGAACUUAACCGCGGCCUGCACAAGAACCAAUCUGGAAUGGGUAUGGUGAACGGCAAAGUAUCGACUCUGGAAAGGGAAAAGAAAGCACUAUCGAGUCAGCUGGCACAAGUACAGAAUCAGCUUUCCCAAGAAAAGGCCAAAACCAAGGAAAUGGAAGAGACCGUGGCGGAGCAACAAGAGAUCAUUGAGUCGCAGACGCAGAGCAGUUCUGGACGCCGCCAAUCAGAUGCUGUGGCGCUGGAGAAUGCACAAGUAGAACUUCAAACGGUUCUUAACUCUUACCAGACGGAUAUGGCACGCUUAGAUAGAAAGGUGAAACUUGCCGAACAGCAGAUAUUGGAGCGAAAUCGAGAGAAUCAGCGUUUGGAGGUAGAAAUCAACGAAGAACGGAGAAUCCGAAAGUCACUUGCAGCUCAGUUGUCCCAAGCAAAGGUUGCCAACAAACGACAAGCCGAUGCUUCGUUAUGCAGCAGCUUUGACGGAAGUGAGAUCCAAGCCAUGGAAGCUGACUUGCAAAAACUACGCAAGGAAAAUGCAAGACUGAACGACGGGCUGAAAGUGCGAGCACGUGAUGUCGACCCUGCUGAAUUGGAAUUCCUCCGAAAGCAGAAUAGAAUGUUGGGAGAACGCGCCAAUGGACUGCAUGCUGACCAAGUGAGGGAGUUGGAGAACCUCCGCGAAAAGACGAAGGCCUUGGACGAAGAGGUAUCUGAACUCCGAAGUAAAAAUGCUUCAUCUUCUAGUUCGUCGCCCAAACGCAGCAGCAGCCCCUUCCGCAGCAGCAGCCCCUUCUUCCAACAGGAUAUGAAGCUGGAACUUGAACAGCUCAGGAAACAAAACGCGGAACUUCAAGAGGAAUUGCAGGCAGUGAAGCAAGAGCUAGUGUCGGCAGGAGACAACAACAAUAGAACACAACAGCCCACAAAUCGCCAACGUGGUGGCGAUACCCUUGCAACUCCUCCCAGACGAGUGUCGCGCCGCGCUAGCCCGAGCCCAAGACGGGUGCCUCAAAGCCCAAGAAUUCCUGCAAGCCCGAGGGCUCCAAGCCCUCAAGCAUCUACCGAACCUCCUCCCUCCAACCUUCAAAUGCCUCCUUUGAGCCCUCCGCUGAUGAAACCACAGCAACCGACAAAGAAAGGAAGCCCUCGCACUCCUGUCAGGGGAAUCGUGGAAAGCUUUGAGCGAAGAAUAUCAAGAUCCAGCAGCUUGUCUUCGUUGGAAGCUGCCCAGAUGCAGAUGAAGGCUGAAGCCAACCACAAGAGCAUGUCCAGUCUGUCUGCACCAACACCGCAGGCACAGGGAGCAGUCUCCACCGAAGUAGACGACCUUCGAAGAGAGCUUCAAGAAGAGAGAGCCGCAGUGCAAGAUCUUCGAAGCAAACUGCGCAGCGAGGGGGCAGCAUCUAGUGAGCUCAAUGGCGUCCGACGUCUACUGCAGGAGGAGAAGGCCGCAGUACAGGACCUCCGAAGCAAACUGCGCACUGAAGGUGAAGCUUCAUCGGAAAUCGCAUGCGCUCGACGUGAACUUCAGGAAGAAAAGGCAAGAGCGCAAGAUCUCCGGAGGAAAUUGCUGGCCGAGUCUGAGCAAGUCGAAAACCUUCGCUCCGAACUGUCGCGGUUGGAAGAAGCCGAUGCAAUGCGAGAACAGCUGGAGCGGGCACUGGAACUUCGCGAGGAAGACGUAGCACGUCUGGAAGCGAUGGUCAAAGAAAUGGAGGAUCGGCUGAUGGACUACGGUGACAUCCAUGAAGCCAUGGAACAAUACAGGAUAACCGUACAGGAUCUCCAGACGCAAUUAAAUGCGGAAACGGUGCAAGUUGCAACACUAAAAACUGAAAUCUCGAAGCUGGAGAACAGCGAAACAGAUCGCUUCAAGCUGCAACGCACUCUCGCAGAACGCGAAGCUGAAGUCGCGAGACUUCGUUCGCGAGUGGCUGAGCUCGAAGACAUGGCACUAGAAGUUGGAAACGCAAACGAGUCAAUGGAAAACGAGAAAACGCGAGCAAGGGAUCUCCAGCGCAACUUGGACACCAAAACAGUUCUUGUCUCCAAUCUCCGCGACACACUUUCAAGCAUGGAAGAAACUUUGGAGCACGAAAAGAUGACUCAUCAGGAUCUGCAGAGCCAAUUUGAGGCACAAUCUGAAGUUGUAACCACUUUGCGCGAUGAACUUUCCCGUACAGAUGCUGUGUUGGAAGAGGAAAGCAAAAAGGCAAACCAGCUUCACGAGCAACUGGACGAGGAGACUAGGAUCGUUGCGAAGCUUCGAACCGAACUGAACGCAUUGACUGACAAGUUGGAGCAAGAGCAGAGUUCGGCUGAUGGCCUUCAGCAAAAUUUGAGCAAAGAAUCCGGGCUUGUCUCGUCCCUCCGAAACGAGCUCUCUAGGAUGGAUGAAAUUGAAGCCUCGCGCGCCAAGUUGGAAAAGCAAGUCCUUGCUAGCGAACAAGAAAACAAGCGGCUGCGAUUCCAAGUUGGAGAACUUGAAGUGCUGCUGUCGAACGCGGAAACGACGGCAAUGGACAAAUCUGAGACUGAUCGGCUUAGAGGGGAGCUUGCUCAGGCAGAUGAAGCGAAGAAGGCCUACGAGAGGAAAUUGUUCGAUGUGCGAUCAGAGAUGGAGGUGCUGAGUUCUGAGAUUGCAAAGCUCGGCACGACGCUUGAUCAAAGCCAAAAGGAAAGCCAAAAACUCGAAGAAGAGGUUUCUUCCUACAAGGCUUCCAAUGAGACACUAGAGAAUCGCAAGCGAGAGGACGAGGCACUCAUUGAACGACUGCAGACAGAGCUAGGCGCGGCAAGAAUGGGCCUGGAACGGAGCUUGGAUGAACUGGAGAGAAUGCAAGGCAGUGGGGAACACGCCAAAGAACAAUCCAACGCUGCAAUGCAGCAGGACAGAGAAGAGAUCGGACGACUCAAGUCCGAGUUGGAGGUUGCCAAGCAGGCGCUUGACAUCAAUGUGGAAGAGAUGGAAAAGCUUCAAAGAUGCGUGAAGGACGCUGACGCUUCGAGGAUGAUUGCUGUCAAACAGAGUCUGUCGAACGAGCAGGAGAAGCAUUUGGAAAUUGAGGAUCUCAAGAUGGAGUUGGCGGCAAAGGAGGAAGCCAAUGUUGGACGCGACGAGGAAGCGAAGCGACUUCGUGAGCAAGUUGCAGCUUUGCAGCAAGAGCUGGGUGAAAACUUGACAUAUGUGGAAGAGCUGAAGGAGAUGAUCUCAACCAUGCAGGCCGCUCACGACUCUGAGCUCAAGGAUGUCCAGAAGUACGAGAAGAGAACCAAUCGAAAUAUUGGUGCAGAAGUCAACACCCUGAAGGUGGAGCUGACGAAGAACCAGAUGUCGAAAGCGGAAAUGGAGAUGGAAUUCGCGAAGCAGGUCAAUGACUUGGAAAGCAAGCUUGAUGCUAUGCAUAACGAAAUGGGCAAGGAACUUCAAGAGAAGGAGGUGAAGUUGCAUCAGCUACAGUAUCAGCUUGCAAGGAAAGACGACGAGAUUCACCAGCUCGAAAAGGAACGAGAGCAGAUUUGUAGUAGUAUGAAUAGCAUCUCGACUUCUCGUAAGGACGAGAUGGAUGAUCUGCAAGAAGAGCUUUUGCUUCUCACCACCAAGACAGCAAACCAAACAAGGGAGAUCCAGCAACUGAAGAUGCAAUUGGAGGAGCACGGUUUCCGGAAUUCCGAGUUCCAGCGGCUCAAAGAUCGAAUUGAAGACUUGGAAGAAGAGCUUCGCACAGCCCCUCCAAAGAGAGUGGUUAGCAAUCAGAGUGAUGUAGAGAUCAUGAAGGCAGAGAACAAAAUGCUGCGUGAAACUAUUCGUGACAUGACCAUGGAACGAAGGACAUUGCAGGAGAAGCUCGAAGCUCACCUUGCCGAGAAGUCUACCUCCAAGUCAACGCAGGUUCUUCGCGAAAGAAACGCAGCACUGAAAAAAGAAGUCGAGAGGCUGACAAAGCGCCUAAAGAAGAUGGAACACAGCAUGACCAGGUUUACGAUAUAGCCGAGAGAAAAGGCAGGUUUGAUUGGUACAUUGGCUGUCCAUUAUUCAUUCAGAUGCCAAUCAUAUCAAGAUGUAUCCAGCUUUCUUCUCACUCUUUCAUGCUCACAAUGAGUCUUGCCCGGGGAAGGGAUGUCUUAGAAUGGCUGCUUACUGCAGCUACAAAAUCCGUAACUUAUAAUUUUAUAGUCCCAUACAGUACC